AUGGCAAGAAGGCUGGAACCCGGGCAGUCACCACCUCUCGCCGUCAUCACUCCCGAUGACCAGCGAGGGGUCAUCUUUGUCACUGGCGGACUAGCCCUGGCGGCGACAAUGGUGUGCCUGGUGGUGCGCGCAUACGUGCGAAUGGGCUCGGGACAAGCGUUCGGGAGCGACGACUACGCGAUUGCCCUGUCGUUUCUCUUCAUGAUCGCCCAGACGAUCGCCUUGUUCAUCUCGGCCGGGGAUGGGCUGGGCGUGACAUCGAGUCUCAUCGGCCACGCAGAGGGAGUCUCGAUGCAAAAGGCCAUCCUUGCCGCUGAUAUCUUCUACCUCUUUGCGCUGUGGUCGACGCGCUGCGCUUCAGCGUUGUUCUUUCAGCGCAUGUCUCGCGUCACGAGACAUGAGAUGUUCUGGAAAGUGAUGCUGGGGGCCAUCCCAGUGCUCGGACUGGCUUCAGUCCUGACCGUUGCUCUUCGCUGUGAGCUGAGCCACGCUUGGCUGUUCAUCGACCAGCAUUGUACCGGUCUUUUCGACAGAUGGGUCGCAGCGACAGUCAUCGAUGUUGUCUUCGAAGUCGCCCUGUUCACCCAGCCACUUUUCAUGGUCGCCAAACUCCAGAUGGCCACCAAGCUCAAGAUCAAAGUCAUCAGUUCCUUCGGCGGACGCCUGGUGGUGAUCAUUCCACUCAUCCUCCAUCUCCUCGCCCUGCGCCCUUUCUACGAAUGGACGGAUGGUCAAAAAGUUUCGAGUUACACUAUGAUGCGACCCUACAUCUACACGCAGAUCUGUCUUGCGCUCGCCAUCAUCACGCCAACCGUCCCCUUACUGCAACCGUUCAUGCAGGCGACCACGACCUCUUUCGGGAUGGUGUCAGGACAAGCUACCAAUUCGUAUUCCGAUCCUAUGAGUAGGCAGAGUCGGUCGAACUGGCGGUCCAAUCAGGACAAGGAAUCGUCAUUCGCGCAGCAUGUCACGAGCUCGAGCUCAAGGAGGUCGCAACACAAAGGCCUGGAGAAUCCAAACCAGUAUUCUGUCAGCGCGGUGCAUAAUCGGCGGGUCUCCCAUAGCGGUAGCGAUGUCAGCCAGCAGCCGAUGAUACGACGCGAUGUACAGUAUGAAGUCUCAUAUAGUGAGGGACCGGCCUCCUAG